UAAAGAUAUGUCUCCACAUCAGCACCGGGGAAACUGUGAGAGACAAAAAAAAGGUUUUCAUUUGGAACACAACAAUGUGCUCUUCUGUUCAGUAAAUAAUCCCGCAGUCCAGUCGUGCAGGCGUUGUCUGCGACACUUUUGCAGCUCCAAUCUCAGUAAUACCUUAUCAGCCAUCUUCCUACCCUAUCCACCUCUAUGAAAAGAGUAAGCACUUCUAUCAUGCGCGGCGAUCUUGAUAAGCAUACUUGUUGAAAAAUCAUUCACAACCACCUCCACAUCUAAAAAAACCAUGAGCCUCAAACCAGAACUCGAUCGCAGUCUUCAACGGGGGCUGCUCGAGGAGCACGCACGGCAUGUGCAGCUGCGUCCCGGUGUAGCGGCGUUCGUUGUAGAACAAUGGGAAGAGCAAGUUGCGAAAGCUUCGCGGUCACUCUUCCGCACCGCAGCGCUGUCUCGGGACAACACCAAUCCCAGCAACGCGCCUGGGGCAACAUCCUCGACGACAAUGUCUAAUCCAGCCUACAGCACUGGCAAGGGAAACGGGAAAGGACAGGGACCUGCGGACAGCUUUUGCCGAAUUGUGGAUGAGAUGCUGCACUGCACUGGCGACGCGAUGCUUGAUUGUAUGACAACCAUGCACAGCGAGGACAAGGCCAAGCACCUCAAGUCGCUGACGGUUGCGCAACUCGUCCAGCCACGGAUUCGGAAGACCAUCCCCUACUCCGAUGUUUUCUCGCAAGGCGGUUGUGCCUUCCUUGGGAACCACGAUGCUUUGAAGAUCGGCUCGACUGGGACAGGCAAAGGAAAAGGGAAGACGGCUCCUGCCUCCGAGACGACCACUUCCGCAUCUAAUUCGCAACGCCUUCUCCCAACUGUCAGUGACGUUUUCGAGGCAAGACUUGUGAAAGACGCAAUCGUCAACUGCCUCGUACCGUUGUCGCAAAUGAAAUUAUUCGCGUCCUCUUCAAGCUGCUCCACUUCCGACACACGGAACAGGAAUGCGUUGGGACAACUCCUCUUGCCCCGACUAUGGAGUACUUUACCCUCGCCGAUGACUAGCUUGUACUUCGCACAGCUAGAACUAAAUACCACGCAUCAAGUCGAAAAGAUGAAUCAGGACGACGGAACGGAAUCGGACAAGCUUCUUCCCUUCGUUUUCUUUGCCUCCAUCCCGGCGAUCGAAAGCGGGCGGUGUGGCCAAGAUGUGAUGGGAAUCAUUGAAGAAUUCGUCGGGUCCUUUGAGUUUUCCAAGGUCUUCUGGAGCAUCGACGCAGAGAGCGCAGACGAGGGAGACCAAGAAUGUCGGUGAUGGCGUCGGAAGGAAUUUCUUGCAACGAGGAAGGAGCAGAGAAAAAGCCGCACAAGUGGAACGUCGAGAUGACGACGGGGAAUUUUUAACUGGCGAGGUGUAGUGCAGCGAGUUGCAACACGUUUGGUGUGGUAGAUUAUUUGCACAACUUGAUGUCGCGUCUCGCUUUUACAUCAGAAAGGCUAGUGUAGCCUAAACCUCGGAAAGGGAAACUCGCUGAAGUCAUGAAUUCAAAAGUUAGUAACAAACUUUAUCGUUUCGCCUUUUCAUCUCGCGAUGUUGUAAUUCCUACUUGUACUUGAUUCUCAUUUUGUUUCAUCCGCACUCGUUUUUCAUUCAACGUCAAAUAUCAACAACUGGCUCUGGCAGCUACCACUGGUAUAUGUCAUUGGUGACGGUUACGUCGUCGAACUUGUUAUUUAUGCCGUUUCUUUUAGGAAGACGAAGAUGAUCUUCGUCUUGUCGAGCAGUGGACAAACGAAAUUUGCAAACUGUACGAUUCAUUGGCAGUGUUGCCUUUAUUGUACACAGACGCCGAACGCCCACGCGCACGUAGUUUCGAACCUGCAAAUGUGUGCGUUUUGGCUUUUCAUCUAAGUGCAGUUGCCUGGGAUGGAGCUGCAGUGGAGGCAGCAAAAACAAGGGCAAAACAGC